AUGGCAGAGACUUUCGAUUUUCGGUCGGACACGGUGACGAAGCCAACGACGACGAUGAAGACGAAGAUGGUGGAGAGCGAAGUUGGGGACGACGUGUUCGGAGAUGAUCCCACAGUGAUCGCUCUCGAAGAAGAGUGUGCUCGCUUGUUCGAGAAGGAAGCGGGCUUGUUCGUGCCCUCCGGGACCAUGGGGAACUUGAUUGCGGUCAUGGUUCACUGUGAUAGCAGAGGAAGUGAAGUCAUCUUGGGUAGCAAGAACCAUCUUGUUGUCUACGAGCAGGGAGGCAUGUCGACCAUAGCAGGAGUUCACCCGAGGCAGCUCAAGACGGAGGAAGAGCAUGACAGCUCGACCCCAGUUGGAGGGAUAUCGCUGAAAGAGAUCGAGGAGAAUAUCAGGGUCGACGACGUUCACUUUCCAAGAACAAGGCUUGUCUGCCUGGAAAACACGCACAAUCUCUGCGGUGGAGUUGCUUUGCCGGUGGAUUAUAUCGACAAGGUUGGAUCGUUAUGUAGAGCACACGGAUUGAAACUUCACAUGGACGGAGCUCGAAUCUUUAACGCGGCCACCGCGACUCAAACCUCCGUCGCUCGGAUAUGCCGCGAUUGCGACAGCGUGUCUGUGUGCCUGAGCAAAGGGCUGGCGUCUCCUGUUGGAACGGUGCUGGGCGGGGGGAUGCGACAAGCUGGAGUGCUUGCUGCAUGUGGCCUCGUGUCCCUCCGCGAGAUGACGAGUCGGCUACAAGAGGACCACAACAAUGCCAGGCUCCUUGCCGAGGGACUUUCUCAGAUUGCUGGGGUUGAAGUUGACUUGCUGUCGGUUCAGACAAACAUCGUUUACUUCCGAUUGACUAAAGGAGGAGCCAGACAGCUUGCUGCAGAUCUCAAGACCAGAGGGUUGCUGAUUGGAGCCAAAGAUGACUUUGUUUGCCGCGCAGUGCUUCAUUACAUGCUUGACCGGGCAGCUGUAGAGCGUCUGCUUGAGAACAUCCGCAACCUCGUGGUUUGA